GUGCUCCUUGCCGGUGUUUCGCGUGGUGAGGCUUGCAAGAUGGCGUACGCUAAACAAGGCCAAGAAGGAAAGACAAGACUUGAACGUUUUCAGGAUACCGCCCGAGAUUUUGGGCACUUCAUUUACAACAAAGAUGGUGAAAACGGGGAAGUGCAAGUUAUGGGUAGAAAUGGCAAGAGCUGGGCGAAGAUCCUGGUUUUCUUCUUCAUCUUCUAUGGUUGUUUGGCGGCGUUUUUCGCCUCUAUGCUGACUAUAUUCAUGACCACGGUACCAGCUCGAGAAGAAGGCCCGAAGAUGACAAGAUAUUUAGCGGGAAAGCCAGGCCUCAUUGCCCUUCCAGCGGAAAUAGUCACAGAUGCAAAAGUUAGUGACAUUGUCAGUUCAAUCAACAACUUUUUGAAACCUUAUAAAAAAGCUGCAGAAAAUCAGGAUGACAAGUACCAGAACUGUACUGAGGACGAGCGUGUAAAGGGUUCCAAGCCUUGUAUCAUGGACCUGACUGCACUUGGUGAAUGCUAUGACAAUAGCUCGGACUUUCAAUAUGGUUAUGAUGAAGGAAAGCCGUGCAUCUUUAUGAAGCUGAACAGGGUAUACAACUGGGCCCCAGAACCUAAUGAUGGCAAAGAUUAUGUAGAACUCUCCUGCAAAUUUGAAGAGGGCAGCAGUGAUGCGCUAUCAAUUCUGCCAACAGACAAGCCCGGCUUUCCCGUAAAUUUCUACCCAUUUUUUUCGGAAGAAGCUUGGCUUGGACCAAUUGCUGCCAUCAAGGUCAACACCACAUCUCCAGUCGUAGUUCUCUGUGAGGCCUUGGCCAAGAAUAUAGAGCUGUCAGAGACAUACCGUCUUAAUCGAGGUGCAACUGGAAGAGCAAGGAUUGAAAUUAAGCAGUAAAGAAACUUCGAAUUGUGAAAUGCAGAAACUGAUUGCCUUAACUUUGUGCUUAUUUAGUGAUCCUAUUUUCUUUGGUUUGUUUCACUUUUCUUUUUUAACUCUGCUUUAUCCAUAUCUCAUGUAUCAUCAUCUCCAUAUGAGAUGAUGGACGAACACAUUUUUUUUUCUGCUUACUUUGUGUAAGGUUUGGUCAUAUUUUUAAAGAAAACUUCUGGUAAGAUUUGUUAAUUAGGGCUGAUUUAAAGGAGUCUAUGUUUCAAAGGUUUCUCGAUUUUGAAGGCCAUCUUUUAGUAGUCUUUGAUUGGUUUCUGUGGAUCACAUUUGAACAGUUAACUGCACUGUCAAUUAGAUAUCAAUAAGUAGUGAUUUCACUAGUUGUGUGAAGUAUUUUCAAAAGUGAGUAUUAUUGUUUCUAAGAAAGGAAUUUGUUGAUUUUUCUGCAGUAUAAGUAAGUCAUCUGUUAGGUUCCUUUGUGGCUCCUGUUUGCAUUAUUUAAUCACCUCAUGAUAUUUGUUUUUAAAAUGCCUUGAGUUCGCAGUGGGAUAAUCUGAAAGUGUCUGUGAUUUUGAGAGUGGCAGGACGGUAGCUGUCAUUUCCUUGGUGUCAGUAAAUGAGUUGCUUCAGCUUGGUUUUGCCUUUGUUGAGGUUGCUCGUGUUUAAGGCCAACCAUUGUAACAGCUUCUGGUUUUGUUUUUUUUAAAUUAGAUAAAAAAAUUUUCAACAAUAAUAAAUUUGUCAAGGUUUUUUUUAGACUUGAUGUAAACAUUAUUCAUGCACUCAUGACUUAACAAUUUAUGGGAGUGUCUUUCUUCAAUAAUAGGUAAUUAAAAGAAGCUCUCAUUGUUUUAUCAACACUGAAUGAAGUCAGAGAGCAAUUUGUAACUUUUCUCUUCAGUAAGGUAGUCGUGUGGUGUGUUAUGGACAUGAGCUCUCAGUAGGCCUUCAGUAGGAUCUGCUCUGACACAUGGCUACCAAUUGAAUCAUAGAGAGAUGUUUCCAAAAAAAUUGGGUGUCAGCACAAAUACACACACACACACUGCCAUCAAGCAAAAUGAGCUGUCUUAAUUUUUGAAUCUGUAGUGCUGGAGAGUUCAGUUUUUGUCACCAUUAUUGUGGUAACAUUUAUUUCUUGGUAGUUGUUAUGUAACAAGAUCCUGUAAAGGAUCUUGAUUGUCUUGAAACAUUUAGAGCUUAUUAGUAUUAGAUUGCAUAGCUAUUUUCCAAGGUCCUUUGCUGAACAUGAUACACUGUCUGUUUGGAUUACUAAAGAAUCUUGGAGUUUCCUUUUUAGUGGACGCAACCGUCCAAAAUAACUAUGGCAUAAGUAAUCAAGCACAUUUUAUAAUCAUUGAUUAGUCUGUAUUGAUGUUACAUAAUUGUUAUAAACUCUCCGCCUGCGGUAGUGUUGAAGGUUGAUUUUAUACAUUGCUUCUGCUGAACAUAGCUAUUAAGUAUUGGGAGUAUUGCCAACCAGUUUCAUCUGUUUAAUCCUUUAAGCAGUGAAUUUCACUUGGCCUCCAUGUGAAUUUAGGAUAAUUUGGCUUUUAGUAAAUCUCUCAUAUAUCAGGCAUUUUGUUAUCCUUUUCUGUCUACUUCCAUUAAUUUUGUCAAAACAGCCUAUAAAUAGGUGGUUGCUGCUAAGGACAAAACAUUGUUGCACAUAAUAUCUGGGACAGGUCUGCAAUAUAUCAAAUCAAUUUGUUAAUAAGGCACGUGCUGAAUAGUUUAAAUAGUAGUCAAGGAGACAAAUUACUCAGUAGUGUUGAUUAUGGCUUGCACAGACUUACAUUCUUGGUGGCCAGCACUAAAUUGGAUACUCUGUAGGUAUGUGUAGUUAACAUGCUUUUUUUCAUCUUUUGAUGUUUGCCAAAACUUAACAUAAAGUGUAGCUGUUCAUUGUUACUAUUCCAUAAACUUCUUAACCACAGAAUAACAUUUUUUUUGCCAACACCCUAAAACUGAAACACUUCUGAUAUGUAAAGUUGUCGUUGCUCACCUAUGAGUAUCCAAUUUAGGCAUUACUAAUCUUGGCUCCUUUGACAGGUCUUGUGCCAUGGUCAUUUUAUUGGUGUAUAAUUUUCUGCAAUGUAAUUCUCUGUGAUGUUUUCAUUAUGGCCUUGAUGGCUUGUUGUGAAGGGUUUUAUUAAAGCUGUUUUAAACUUACA